AUGUCGUCAGACAGGGCGUGGAGUUUGGGAAGUGCGGUGGCAGAGCGGGGGCUCGUAGACGAGGGGCAGAUUCUCGUCAUCACGCGGCACUCUGAUGGGGAGGUAAAGCGGGGCCUCGGGAAUGUGAACGAGAGCUGGGCAAAGCGGCUCGUCAUCAUUAGUCCCACGGUGGAGGCAGGGGUGGACUUCAAUCGGUCAUGGUUCCACAAGAUGUUCCUUUACAUCUGCAAGAAGAGCACGCACCCGCGCGGGCUUGACCAGAUGAAGGGGCGGGUCCGGCAGCUGGUCGACCCCGUGGUCCUGUGCUUUGUCAGGAAGGGCAUCAAGCUGCCGACGACGGGGCCAGAGGGAAGCGGGUACAGGACUGUGAUGGGGAAGAAUGCUGGACGGAUCCCGAGGCUUGGAGUCGAGGAAACGUACCAGUGGUUCCUCAACCGGGAUGAGAAGGUUGGGGGAGGGGUCUAUUGCGAGGGCGCAAUCACGCGCCUUCUUGCGCACAACGAGACGGAGCUCUUUAAUAGGCCGGACGCACUUCUACGAGGAUUGGCCGCCGACUUCCUCAAGACGUUCGGCCCUUAUCCGAACCUCGCGGUCGAGUUCAUCCUGCAGGUCGUCGAUCCUCAAUACGAAUUCGAUAGCGAGGAGGUUGGGCGGCACAGCUACGGGCGUCAAAAGAAAGACAUCGCGAAGGAACUGCUGGAGGUACUGGGCUUUCCGCACCCCCUCGCCCACGAGCACGUCACCAGGACCCUUGCAGAAUUGAGAGAGGAGCUGGCGGCCACCAGCUACUUCCGAGAUUACUCUGAGACCGUGAAGCUGUUCUCUGCACGUGCGCUCCCAGGCGAGGAUGUCCUGGCGAAGCAAAAGUCGGCCACGAUUGCCUUGAACCACGUUUUCUCGGAGCUUGGGUUGCAGCUCGAGGCCGUGCAGACUGGCCGAUCGCCGCGGACCGCGGAGGGGCGGAGGGGACCCCGUGUUUAUGGGGGGUGGAAGCUGCAGCGGAAGCCGAAGACACGGACUCGGCCAGUCGAUGGGCCGGUGGGGGUAGAUCUCAUGGCCCAGCUGUUGAAGUUGCGAUUCAAGGAUUCACUUGCUCUGAAGUCGCGAAUCAUUCCCGCAGCAUUGAGAGAGUACGUUGACGGGGUUCCCUUUAGGUGGUUGGCGAUGGUGACCCAGAAUGAAGAGUGUCAGAUUGUAGUUCGGGCUUCUUGA